AUGGAGCGGAGACGCUCCAUCAAACUGACCAAAAUGAAAGGCUCCGUUAUCAUUCUGACGUGCGCCUUAGUUGUGGGCACAUCUUUGGGUGAUCGUGGAGGGGUGCCGACUAUGCCACCCUGCAGACCUGGAUUCUCAGAGAGCUUCUACACCGUGUUUGUCUCAAGAGACUUGCUGCAAGGCCAGAGUAUUCUCAAAGACACCACUCUGUCACCAGGACGCGUCAAGUUUGAGGAUUGUCAUCACAGUGAAGGGGUAGGCUUCGAGAGCAGUGACCCAAAGUUCAGCGUGGCGCCGGACGGAUCCGUUUACACCGAACAAGAGGUGACCAACCUAUCUGAGCCAAUCCAGUUUAUGGUGACAGCAAGGGGCAGCUUGGAUCCUCACAUCUGGGAAACCACAGUCAAGCUAGCGUUGGCUGGACACGCCCCACCUCCUCCCGUCAACCAGAUCACCGGUGAGGGUAACAUUCAUUCAAGGAUCCACCAUGUUCCACAGCCCAGGCUCAUCAAGUUUCCACAGAGACAUCAACGAGGUUCGUCGCCCACAGGGCUGAGACGACAGAAACGAGACUGGGUCAUCCCACCAAUCAACGUUCCGGAAAAUUCCAGGGGACCAUUCCCGCAGAUGCUUGUCAGAAUUCGCUCCGACCAGGAUAAAGACAUACCCAUCCGCUACAGUAUCACAGGAGCGGGAGCUGACCAGCCACCUAGCGACGUGUACAUCAUCGACCCCGUGGAAGGCAAGAUGUCCGUCACCAGGCCCCUGGACAGAGAGGAGAGAGCCUCCUAUCACCUCCGAGCUCAUGCAGUGGACAUGAAUGGAAACCAGAUGGAGCCACCAAUUGACCUGUACAUCUACGUCAUAGACAUGAAUGACAACCGGCCUGAAUUCAAAAACCAAGUCUAUAAUGGAUCUGUACCUGAAGGCUCCAAACCAGGCACUAGCGUGAUGAGGGUCACUGCCCACGAUGCAGACGACGAUACCACGGCUAACGGGAUGGUGCAUUACCGCAUCCUGUCCCAAACCCCUCACAGCCCCAUCCCCAACAUGUUCACCAUCAACGGACAGACCGGAGAGAUCGCCACCAUGGCCGCGGGGCUGGACCGAGAGAGAGUGUCCCAGUACACUAUCAUUGUCCAGGCCACAGACAUGGAAGGCAGCCUAAACUUCGGUCUGUCAAACACUGCCACCGCCCUCAUUUCCGUCACCGACGUCAACGACAACCCUCCUGAACUCACUGCCAAAACGUUUUUAGGGGAGGUCCCUGAGAACAGUGUGGGUGUGGUGGUAGCCAAUCUGACAGUGAUUGACAGGGAUCAGCCUCAUACCCCAAACUGGAAUGCAGUGUACAGGAUCGUGAGCGGUGACCCCCUCGGCCAUUUUGUCAUCCGUACGGAUGAGACCACAAACGACGGCAGAGUAACCGUUGUAAAGCCAGUGGACUAUGAGCGGAAUGGUGCUUUCAUGUUGACCGUGGUGGUUUCCAACCAGGCUCACUUAGCCAGCGGUAUCCCAUCCUCCCUGCAGUCCACAGCUGGGGUCACCAUCUCUGUGGUGGAUGUGAACGAGCCCCCUGUCUUCCCUUCCAACCCCAAACUGAUCCGAUUCGAAGAAGGCGUCCCCGCGGACACCACGCUCAUCAUCUUUGCCGCCUCUGAUCCGGACCGCUUCAUCCAACAAACAGUCAGGUACUCUAAGCUGUCCGAUCCAGCCAAUUGGCUUCGCAUCAACCGCACCAACGGUCAGAUCAGCACAACCGCCAUGCUGGACCGCGAGUCGAUAUACGUGAAGAACAACGUGUAUGAGGCAACGUUCUUGGCGGUUGAUAACGGCCAUCCUCCUGCGACCGGCACAGGGACUCUUCAGAUUUACUUAAUAGACGUGAACGAUAACGCUCCGUCUCUGGUUCCCAGAGAGGCCCAGGUGUGUGAGAGGCUGAGGCCGGGCUCCAGAGUCAACAUCACGGCUUCUGACGCCGACGCAGAGCCUAACGUGGGGCCUUUUGUUUUCGAGUUACCCUCUUUCCCCCCCAGCAUCCGUCGGAACUGGACCGUAGCCCGACUCAACGGUGAUUAUGCCCAGCUCAGACUGCGUAUUCCCUACCUGGAGUCUGGGGUGUAUAACGUCCCCAUCAUAGUUUCAGACUCUGGGAACCCACCGCGGUCCAACCGCUCUGUCCUGAAGGUGAAAGUGUGUCCGUGUGAUGAGAACGGAGACUGUACCACAGUGGGAGCGGUGGCUGCAGCCGGCCUGGGCACAGGAGCCAUUAUAGCCAUUCUAAUCUGUAUCAUCAUACUGCUCAGUAUGGUACUGUUCUUUGUGGUGUGGAUGAAACGCAGAGAAAAGGAGCGACAGACCAAACCGUUACUGAUAGACCCAGAAGAUGAUGUCAGAGACAACAUCCUGAAAUAUGAUGAGGAAGGAGGAGGAGAGGAAGAUCAGGACUAUGACCUGAGCCAACUUCAGCAGCCGGAGUGUCUGGAACAUAUCAUCAGUAAACCAGCAGGAGUAAGGAGAGUUGAUGAGAGGCCUGUCGUCACGGAGACUCAGUACCCAGUCCGUCCCACCCUCCCUCAUCCCGGAGACAUAGGGGAAUUCAUCAAUGACGGCCUGAGGGCGGCGGAUAACGACCCCGCAGCGCCGCCCUACGACUCGUUGCUGGUGUUCGACUACGAAGGCAGCGGUUCCACGGCGGGCUCCGUCAGCUCUCUCAACUCCUCCAGCACGGGGGACCAGGAUUACGACUACCUCAACGACUGGGGUCCGCGCUUCAAGAAGCUGGCCGACCUGUACGGGGGAGGAGACGAGGACUGA